GGAAAACGCUCUGCCGUAAUCGACACGCCCACCGUCGGCCCCGUCGCAAAGAUGAGGACAUUAGGAUCGCGCCUCAAUCUUCUCAGACAGAGGGUAAAUGCGUCCUGCCCACCCCAUGCCUGACAUCAAAGCUCUUCCUCACACAAUCGCGCAGCUCAUCACCAUAAAAUGCGGCCCCGGCGCUGCCAUUAUCCCCCCGGAGGUAACUAGGAUACACAUGGACUUUGCUACCAAGCUUAAUGGAGGCCACAUGGGAGCCAGAAAGUUCUGGCGCGAAUACCUGCCCCGGCUGAAGUAUCACAACCCGGCAAUCCCCAUGAUUGUCAACCGCCACGAUCAAAACUCCUCCCCUCCGACCAUGACCAUCUACCUCCGCAAAACCACCAGCCCCAGCGCAGAUUCACCUUCCGCAGACCUCCCGGCCGCCAAGGCCCACACGCAGCCAGGUUCCUCCAUCAACAACCUCUCCAAGGCGCAACCUCCUGCCUCAGACGAGCGCGUUGUCCACAUCGACAUGAAGAAUAAGCACUCAAGCCAAAUAUUCGAUUUCUUCGCCGCCGAGACUCGUGCGAAGGCUCUGCAACCUACAACCGAGGAAAUUGCCGAGAUGCAAUCCCUAAAGGCGUUCAAGAAGCAGGCUGGCGUUGACCGUGAGCGUGUACGGCAGUUGCGGGCCGAGCGGAAGAAGGAAGAGGACAUGCUCAAGCGGGCCCGAGCUGCGGGAGGUAUGGCCGAACGAGAGGCGUCAUGAGGCGAUCAACGCCAUGCAUCAUAUCCCUGUCUACACAUCAACGUGGGAGAAAUGUACGGAGUAUCACCAACAGCUACAUUGAGCUUCACGACUGAAAUAUACCAUGCACCUUCGGGUGUAUGUGUGACCACUGAGGCCUCUAUCUUAUGCCAGCCAUACAAAAAAAAAGAGAGAGACGGGACAGGAAGACCCGAUAAUCCAAAACCCCCAUGUAUCUGCGCCGUCCCAUGCUAUUUUGUGGCAUCCAUGUCCUACCAUGCCGCGAAUGCUCAGUGGCAAAUGUUGGCUGUAACAAUUUCGUAUCC